AUGACGAUUUUAGCGUCGACUUUAAUGAUUCUCAGUAUCUGCGGAUGCUGGAGACCACCAUCCUGGUCAUUCUCAUAUUACAAAAUAUCGUCUUUAUCCUUAUCGCAAAUCAUUGGUAUUGCCCUAAACAUUUCGAGCGAUCUUUCCGAAGAAAUUUACAUAUCUUUGACGAUCGCUGUAUCUUGUUUAAAAAUGUUAACUUUUAAAUACAAUCAUAACGAUGUCGUCAAGUUAAUUAACGCUUUAGCAGAGGAACCAUACAGGCCAUCGGAUAAUGAAGAAAUUCAAAUUCAAUUGCAAUUUGAAAAAUUAGCACGGUUCAACACAAACGGUUAUACAUCGUUAAUUGGAUUUUCGGUGAGCAGCUACGUAUUUAUGUCUUUACUUACAGACCUCAGGGAAAAACAAUUAACUUUUCAAGUUUGGUUACCAUUUGACAGCACGACACCUGUUAUAUAUUACUUAACGUACACUCAACAAAUGUUAGGUAUGACAUUAGCCGGCUUUCUUAACGUCGCCCUAGAUUCUUUGAUCUGUGGCAUUUUUAUACAUAUUUGUUGUCAAAUCAAAAUUUUGGAAAAUCGUUUGAUGAAAAUCUCCAACGAACAGAAGGCACUUUUAAAAUUAUGUGUUCGUCAUCAUGAAUGCAUAUACAAGUUAGUCCACAUUAGAGAUUUUAUAAACAAUUAA